UUAGAAAAAGAACCCCUUUUUACUAUUUCUUUAGUCCUCUCAGCCCCACAUAUCACAAAAACAUAAUACACUUAAAAGUAUUACAAUUUAAAGUAAUAAUCAGUUUCUAAACUCCAUUAUCUCAGAUGGGUGCUCUUCACUCUUCCCUUCUCUACUUGAUUUUACUACAUUCAUUCAAGAUUGUUGCUUACAAGGACCAAGAAUGGAGGAAAGCCACUGCAACUUAUGCCAAUGACACAGAGGGGUCUCUUAUCACCGAAGGAGCUUGUGGCUAUGGAGACCUCCACAGGGCCAGUUAUGGGAAGCACAGUGCAGGGUUAAGCACCAUUUUGUUCAGCAGAGGGAGCACAUGUGGAGCUUGCUAUGAAAUCAGAUGUGUUGACCACAUCUUGUGGUGUGUCAUGGGAAGCCCUUCUGUGGUUGUAACUGUUACAGAUUUCUGUGCUCCUAAUUAUGGCCUUUCAGUUGAUUAUGGUGGGGGGUGUAAUUUUCCAAGAGAACAUUUUGAGAUGUCACAGGCUGCAUUUGCUGAAAUUGCCAAGAAAAAAGCUGAUAUUGUGCCGGUUCAGUAUAGAAGGGUAAAGUGUGAAAGAAGUGGUGGUUUGAGAUUCACAAUGAGUGGGAGUUCACACUUCUAUCAAGUCCUGAUUUCUAAUGUGGGGCUGGAUGGUGAAGUGGUUGCUGUAAAAGUGAAGGGAUCUAGAACAGGAUGGAUACCAAUGUCAAGGAACUGGGGACAAAACUGGCAUUGCAAUUUCAACUUCCAACGUCAGCCUUUGUCCUUUGAGGUAACCAUCAGCAGUGGAAAAACACUCACAUCUUACAAUGUAGCACCCGCAAACUGGCUCUUUGGACAGACAUUUGAAGGAAAACAGUUUAAGGAUGAGUAGAUUCAGAACACUAGAUAGGAUAUGUUUUGGGGAGAAGGCUUGAAUUUUUAACUUUGAGCUGUAAUUGUAAACUAUGAUUAGUGAAAUCGGUUGUCAAAGAGCACAAACUUAAUUGUAUAUUUGCUCAUGAUUCAUGAUCAAACAUUGGUUCAUGGCUGUGGUAAAAAUGAUGGGGGGAAAAGUUAAGCAAAGGGUAACCUUUGAUCCCUAUCCUUAAGAUUCCGUUGAUCAAAAGGCAAUCAUUGACGGAAUAUGUAAUUAUCUGAAAAGUAAUGUCCUUUAUAAGUAGUCAUAUGAAGAACUUAGUUCCUUUUC